AUGCUGUCACCACAACUCACAGACCAGUAUCCAAUCCUAUCACUCCCUCGUGUUAAUGAUGUACCACUUCCGCAAAAACUAGUCAUUCCUCAACUCCGCUUGACUGAUGCAUCCUCAACCUCAACUUUCUCUUCUUCAAUCGUCGAUAUGGGUGUACUGAAUUCGAUGCUUGCUUCAUACAUAACCAAACCCAGUCCGAAAUUGUUAUGGUCUUAUUCGAUAAAACCUACUGUUUCCAUUGCAUGUAUCGAUGUUUGGCAAGCAACUACGAAGAAGUUGUAUGUUGUUGGGCUUGAAGAGAGAAAGAAAUCACGAAUCUUGGUGGUUGAGACUGAAAAUGGCACAACUGAAGAUGGUAACUUUCUGAUACGUACAGUGAAUGAAAAAGAAUUGGCUAUUGGAAAAGACAAGGUUGUUGCUGUCAAGUUUCUUUCUGAAUCCGAGAUUGCUGUUGUAUGCCAAACUGGAUCAGCUCGUAUUGUCAAAUAUGACAAUGAACUUACCUUUGGAGACAGGUACCAAAGUGAAGGAAAUGUCAUUUAUAGUACAUUCAUCACAGACUUAGAAGAUCUUUUACUAUUGACCAUAUCACAAACAAAAUCCUCAUUAACCUACAAUCUCAUCUCAGUCAGCGCGUCGAAAAUAAUUCCAGUUCAAUCGCAUCAAACCAAGCCCAUUAACGCUGCAUUUGCCUACAAUUCAGGUAUACUAUACCAAUAUCAUGAUGGUGUCAUUGACUCAAUCACAAUCACCAAUUUCCAUAUCCAAAAAACAGUUUCAGUUACAUAUAUUGUCAAUACCGAUGAACUCGUUUCAAUUGCAUCACCAGCACCUGAUCGUAUCUUGUUAGGAAAUGCAAACAUGAUUUACCUUUUGAACUUCAAAUUUGAAGCUAUCAUAUCCGAGUUCAAAUCAGUUUCAAGCUCAUCGAACCCGGUUCCUGAUAAAGUGUACAUAAACCAAGUAGCUCCAGUUAAAGGUUCAUCACAAUCGACUCAGGUAACUAGAGGAUAUUAUGUCAAUUUGAAGAAUAAGGAUAACAAUGUCUAUUUGAAUGUGAUUGAUAUCAAUGUUGGAUUGAAUAAAUUGAAUGAAUGCCUUGGUAAGUCUAUUGAAAAGAAGCCAGAAAAUUUCAGCCAAAUUGUUGACUUGUACAGUGACAACACUUUCUCCGUCAAAGCGUCUUCAGAUGAACUUGACCAAGUAUACCAAGGCUUGAAACAAGCCUGCAAUGCAAAAGAUGUAAAUAAAUGGGAAUCUAUCCUCAUUCCAUAUUUGAAAAACCACAAAUCUUGGCAAGAAAUCAAAAAAUCCAAACCAAAGACAAAAACGUAUCAAUUUAAAGAAUUUGACGUGGAAAGCGAUCGUAUUGUUGAUAUUAAUUUUAUAAAUUCCAUUUUCGAUCUCAUUUUUACAACAAAUCCGUUACAAUUUAACGAUCCUGAGUUUAUUCCCGAGUACACUUUAAUGUACUUGCUCACUAAUCCAAUCUACCCAAAAGCAUACACCACCAACCUUGUUCAACUCUUGCACAAUACUGGUAACAUCACCCUACUCAAACAGGCGAUCAAGACAUGUUGCAAUAUCCCCUUGGAUGAUUUGCUUACGCAGUUUGUCACCACUGAAGACACAGACGUUUUUACAGAGUUGAUCAAUCGUAUUGUUUCUGAUUUUGCUGUUACGGAAGUCACCACCAACUUGAAACCAAUAACAUCGCAAUACUCAACCGAUAUAAUUGCUUUAAUCAACAAGAUUCUAUCCACAUCAAAUACCAAAGGUUGGAUCCUAAUUGAAAUUCUUGUUGAUAUCAAUGGAUUAUUCAAUUGGAGUCAAGAAAAUGUAUCACGAUUGGAUCAAAUUAUUGAUGCCAAAUUGGCCAAUCUUGCUAUUAAUGCCUAUAAUUUGACAUUAAUUGAUCAAGUGCAAUUGAAAAAGAAUCAAUUAAAAAAGAGCAAAGAUAUGUCUGCUAAUGGUGUGUUGACAAUUACUGAUCAAACGCAAUUGAACAAGAAGGUAGAAUCUGAUUUGAAUGAGGAGGUUCCAUUGUAUUCUAUAGAGAGAUUAGAAAUAUAG